AUGGCCUGCGCACGUCCCUGUGGCCUUGCGGCGGAGCGGCGAAGCGAAACCUCUCUCCUCCCGAGACCGUCGCGUAGACUUUCGUACAUAAAGCGCGGCAACGCGUCAAUAAAGGCAGCCCUCAGGAAUCAUCGACCUCCGAGGCGCGUUGCCGGCCGCUACUCGCCUUUCCUUUUGUCCUGCCCUCCGCAACGUCCUGCCCUCUUCUGUCCUCCAGUUCUGUCCGCUCCUUCCCUCCGCAAGUUGCCACAAGGCCUUUAUGCACCUCCGAGUCGUCUGUCGAUGACGCCAAAGUGCAAUCCCUUCAACUUUCCUCAUCAAACUGCACUUGCUUCCCUCUUCCCAUAUCCUCUAUCCUCUGCCAUGCCUCCCGCUUUCGCCCGUGUCGUAAUCGCCCUUUUCGUCACCCUUGCCGGCGCCACAACACCGCCGGAUCUCCUCAUUAUCGGCGCCGGCACUUCCGGCUGCGCCCUCGCCGCCCGUCUAUGCGUCGCCCUUCCUACUCGGAACAUAACCCUACUUGAGCGCGCCUCCCCGCGCAACUCAGCCGCUGAUUUCCUCGUGCGCUCUCCGCGCCAGAUGUGGCUCGCCUGGCAAUCCUCCUCCGUCGUCGAGCCGAUCCGUACCUUGCCAUCAUCAGGCCUCCUCGGCCGCGCCGUUCCCGUCUUCACAGGCGCAACCCUCGGGGGCACAUCCGCUAUCAACGGCAUGCAGUGGGUCGUCCCGCGUGAUGGCUCUGUCGACACCUGGGGCAUCCGCAACCUCACCACCAACUCUGCACGCCGCUACUAUCAACGCGCCUUCCGAACCAUCGGUUUUGCUGCUCAGAUACCGCCGCUCCGCCAGCGCCAUGUCGACGCCUUCUUAGGCGCUGCAAGGCGCGCCGGAUACGACACAGGGAACAAGGACCCCUUUGACCCUUCUGAAGCCUUUGAUUUUUUCGAAAACCGAAUGGCCAUCGAUCUCGCCGGCGUCCGUCGCGACUCUUGCACCGCCUACUUAUCUCCCGUCCUGAAUACGAAGUGCGCUCACAACCUCCGUCUAGUACAAGGCGCUUCCGUAACCCGUCUUCUACUCUCACGGGAAUCUCGUCCGCGCGCAACCGGCGUCGAGUACACCGUCUCCGGCUCCUCCGCCGGUGAGCGGCGCACUCGCAAAUUGCGUGUCGCUGCGGGAGGGGAGCUCAUCGUCACCGCAGGGCCGUUUGGUUCGCCAAAGCUUCUCCAGUUGUCCGGCAUUGGGCCGCGCGAUGUUCUUCAAAAGGCAGGCAUUCCGGUCCGCGUCGGCCUCCCGGUCGGGACACACACAGUUGCGCGCCCGUUCGCCGCGCUGGACAGCGAGAUCCAGGCCCCGCUCGAGCCCUCUAACAAUUCAACACUACUAAACGAUACAGCGCAGCGAACAUUGUGGGAUGCCGGGCGAGGCAGUGUGCUGGGGCGCUCGUCGUUUAUCGCCAAUGGACGCGACCGCGCCGACGCAUACCUUACGGGCACCGGCAGUUUCUUCCCGGCGCUCGUGGACCGCAGCAUCGUGUCGACUAACUGCAACUCCAACGUCGCCCUUUCGCGCGGGUUCGUGCGUGUGACUACGCGCAACGCGUCUGCACCACUCGAUGUGCAGAUGGCGCUUCUGCAGAAGCGCGCGGACUUUCUGCGCAUGCAGCGUUGUCUGCUUCGCCUGCGCAGACUACAUGAGGAGUUGCCUAGGCGGUUCACCGCGAAGUGGGCCAACCCAUCGGACGGGCAGAUUACCGAGAGAUGGAUACGUGAUAACGCCGGCUGGGCAGGGCAUAUGGUCGGGGGGUGCGCCGUGGGUGAGGUGCUGACGGAUGGACUUCGCGUCAAGGGUGUGCGAGGAUUGAGGGUUGUUGAUUCUUCUUCGUUGAGGAAUAUGCCCGAGUCAGCAGGACCGAUGGCGUCGACGUACAUGCUCGCAGAGUUCAUGGCAGAGGUCAUCGGGAAAGAGAUCAAGGACGGCUCUGGUGUCUACCAAUAGUAGCUCUAGCUACACCCAAACAUCGCAAUUAGGGUGACCCCACCGCGCCUUGCCCAAAAUCGCAAAAAGCAGACAGUUGUCCUCCGGUAAUUGGAUCUACUAUCUUUUAAUCAAGCCGCGCUUUGGGGGAGGUGGUGAUUCAGAGAUGAACCCCACCGCGCCUGUAACACGAUACAUCUAUCAUAUUCAGGGUCACCCCAAUUAGGCUACAAGUAUGUCGUAGAAAUACAUUUGGCGCAAAGAAGCAAGCUACUGCACGCGUCCGUUCCACAAUUGGCGGCAACUUUUGCUCGUCACUUGCCCGCUCUCCAUAAUAUGUAGGCUCCUGUUUGGGAAUUAUCAACUCGGCAAGUACACCACGCAUUCAAUUCC